GAUGCUCAACCUAGCCCACAGAACCGCGCAGGCUCUUGGCGCCCUGAGAAGGGUAGCCAGGGGCAUGGCUACGGCCGCUCCUCGCAUCGGCGACACGAAGGUCCCAAUGUCUCUCCUCGAAAAGGGCGCAUACAUCAACUAUCAGCGCAUCGAGGACAACCUCGUCAUUGUCCGGGACAGACUCCAACGCCCUUUGACUCUCUCCGAGAAAAUCCUCUACGGCCAUCUUGACGACCCUGUUAACCAGGACAUCGUUCGUGGCACCAGCUACCUCAAGCUGCGUCCAGAGCGCGUAGCCUGCCAGGAUGCUACUGCCCAGAUGGCUCUUCUCCAAUUUAUGUCUGCUGGAAUGGACACCGCUGCGGUACCAACCACUGUUCACUGCGACCACUUGAUUGAGGCCCAGGUCGGCGGUGUCAAGGAUCUUCAACGCGCUAUCGACAUCAACAAGGAGGUGUACGACUUUCUGGCUACCGCCACCGCCAAGUAUGGUCUCGGCUUCUGGAAACCCGGCUCAGGUAUCAUCCACCAAAUCAUCCUCGAGAACUACGCUUUCCCCGGUGGUUUGAUGAUCGGCACGGACUCACACACCCCCAACGCCGGUGGUCUCGGGAUGAUUGCUUGUGGUGUUGGCGGUGCGGACGCUGUCGACGUCAUGGCAGACAUUCCUUGGGAACUCAAAUGCCCCAAGGUUAUCGGUGUCAACCUCACAGGCAAGAUUGGUGGCUGGACAACGCCAAAAGACGUCAUCCUCAAGGUUGCUGGCAUUCUUACUGUGAAGGGCGGAACAGGCGCUAUUGUCGAGUACAAGGGCCCUGGUCUUGACUCGCUCAGCUGCACGGGCAUGGCCACGAUCUGCAACAUGGGUGCUGAAAUCGGCGCUACAACGUCCCUCUUCCCCUUCAAUAGUCGCAUGGCUGACUACCUGAAUGCAACCAAACGUCCGGAGAUCGCCAACUACGCUCAGCAAUUCUCGCAUAAUCUCAAGGCAGACGAAGGCGCCGAAUACGACCAGGUCAUCGAUAUGAACCUCUCCGAACUCGAGCCUCACAUCAACGGCCCAUUCACUCCGGAUCUCGCAACUCCCAUCUCCAAGCUCGCCGAAGAAUCCAAGAAGAAUGGAUGGCCCGACGAAAUCAAGGUUGGACUCAUCGGCUCGUGCACCAACUCGUCAUACGAAGACAUGUCUCGGUCUGCAUCGCUCGUCAAGGAGGCCACCGAAGCUGGUUUGGAGCUGAAGUCGAAGUUCACUAUCACCCCCGGGUCAGAGCAAGUACGUGCCACCAUCGCUAGGGACGGACAGAUCGAACUCUUCGAGAACGCCGGUGGAAUCGUUUUGGCCAACGCGUGUGGGCCGUGUAUCGGACAGUGGGAUCGUCGAGAUGUGAAGAAGGGCGAGCCUAACACCGUUGUUACGUCUUACAACCGCAACUUCACUGGCCGUAACGACGCCAACCCCGCCACCCACGCCUUCGUCGCCUCUCCUGAUCUCGUCACUGCUCUCCUCUUUGCCGGCUCGCUCUCUUUCAACCCUCUUACCGACUCUCUCCCAACACCCUCCGGCAAGCCGUUCAAAUUCUCUGCUCCAUCAGGCUUUGAGCUUCCUCCUCGCGGUUACGACCCAGGAGAGAACACUUUCCAGCCCCCUCCUGCGGACCGUGCCUCUGUCCAGGUCGCCGUUGACCCUAAGAGCGACCGUCUGCAGCUGUUGAAGCCUUUCGAGAAGUGGGACGGCAAGAAGCCUGAGAAUCUUCCGGUGUUGAUCAAGGUGAAGGGCAAGUGCACAACGGAUCACAUCUCGGCGGGUGGACCAUGGCUGAAGUACAGAGGUCAUCUUGAGAACAUCUCCGAAAAUUGCCUCAUUGGUGCCAUCAACUCGGAGAACGGCGAAGCUAACAAGGUCCAAAACCAACUUGAUGGCUCAUGGGGUGGCGUACCGCAAGUUGGCGCUGCUUACCGCGACGCAGGCAUCAAGUGGGUCGUCAUCGGAGAUCACAACUACGGUGAGGGAUCUUCCCGCGAACACGCGGCUUUGGAACCUCGCUUCCUUGGUGGUCUCGCCAUCAUCGUCCGCUCGUUCGCCCGUAUCCACGAGACCAACUUGAAGAAGCAAGGCAUGCUCGCUCUGACUUUCGUCAACCCUGACGACUACGACAAGCUGCAAGGCACAGACCGAGUAACCAUUGAAGGACUGGAGACCUUCUCACCUGGCAAGAACCUUUUCCUGUUGGCUAAGCACAAGGAUGGCAGCGAGGACAGGAUCGAGCUUGCGCACUCGUUUAAUGAGGGCCAGAUCGAGUGGUUCAAGGCUGGCAGUGCAUUGAAUUUGAUGGCCGCUAAGGCGAAGGAGAGGGCUGCUGCCGCCAGCGCUUA